UGUUUUAAUGUAGAAAUCAUGUGUAUUAAAAAAAUAAUACUAAUUGAAUAAUAAUAAUUAUUAUUAUUAUUGUUUUUGGAGAAUUAUUAUUAGUAGUGCUUAGUGAGCGAUAAUGUGCAAGUGUUGUGUACUUUCAAAGUUUGUUUUUUAUUCAGUAUUAGAAGCCAAUAUUGGCUCUAUUGCUUGGGUUCGUUCACUAUUUCAAUUUGACUCUUGUUAACGAAAAAUUUAAAAAUUGAAGUGGAUUGUAAUAUUCGAAUAUAAUGAAGGGUAUAAUUACAUAGUAUAGUGCAGUAUUAGUGUAGUGUCAUAACCAGAGGACUUGUAUGAAACGAAGGCGGUCUAGAAACUCUUGAUACUAGAGGGUGAUAUUUACGCACGAAUAGUAAUAGAGUAAUGUAGCAUAAUGUACAACCAGCAUACACUGCCUAGAAUGAAAAGGAGGGAAUCAUGGAGAAAGAAAAGGCUGGACACAUGGUUUGGGAGGCCGAAGAAAGCCGGCGGCGGCAUCGAGCGCGGCUACGAGACGGUCCCGCGCGGGGCCGAGCCGAAGCCCGAGGACGAGGCCGCCGCCGAGUACACCAGCAAAAUCAAGGCGCUCGAUGACAACCAGCUGUCUAGAAGAUUCGAGGAAAUGCUCAGCGACAUGAACCUGAGUGAGGAAAAGAAGGCUCCGCUCAGGAAAUAUUCAAGAGAUCAGAAACAGAAAAUGCUUAUAGCAUAUAAGUUUGUUAAUGCCCAGGAAGGUCGUUCAAAAUUCGAGAAACCCUCCGAUUACGUGGCCUACCUAAGUCAACAAGAGCUCUCAGUCGGGAAGCUGCACAGCUGUUUAGAGAAUCUCCGUAUAGCCCUCACCAACAACCCACUGUCCUGGAUAGAAGAGUUCGGCACCAAAGGCAUCACCACUUUGCUUGCUACCCUCAACUUAUGUUACAGCAACGAUUCCCGAUACGAUCGUGUCCAGUACGAAUGCAUUAGAUGCAUAUCCGCCAUAUUGAACAACACUGUCGGAAUCCGGACGAUGUUCGACUGCAAAGAAUCGCUUCCAGUCCUCGCAAGAAGUCUGGACGCGAAGAAACCACAUUGUGCCUUAGAAGCGGCUAAAGUUCUAGCCGCCAUCUGCUUGAUUCCGAAUGGCCACGAGAAGGUUCUAGAAGCUAUAACAAUGGCUGGGGAUUCAAAUCAGCGGCCGAGGUUGUUGCCAAUCCUGGAAGGGCUCCGUCCUAAUGCGCCGGAGAGUUUAAAGACGGGGUGUAUGCAACUGAUUAAUGCAAUCAUCACAGACCCGGAAGAAUUAGAGUUCAGGAUGCACCUGCGUUGCGAGUUCAUGAGGACCGGACUUAUUGAUUUGAUUGACGAUCUACGUAAAGACGCGGAGGGCGCUCGGCAGAUACAGAUGAACGUGUUUGAUACCCACGCCGCUGCAGAUCAAGAGGAGUAUCUAGCCAAAUUUGAUGAUGUUAGGGUCGACUUCAACGACGCGAAUGAAUGUUUCGAGCUGGUGAAGAACCUAGUGAUGGACACACCGGCAGAACCUUAUCUUCUCUCAAUAUUGCAGCAUUUACUCUUCAUCAGAGACGAUGAACUUAUUAGGCCGGCAUAUUACAAGCUCAUAGAAGAAUGCGUCACACAGAUAGUUCUGCAUAAGAAUGGCUACGACCCUGACUUUAGAGCGACACAACGUUUCAAUAUAGAUGUCCAGCCACUCAUUGAUGGACUCAUAGAAAAAUCGAGAGCAGAAGAAGAACGUAAAGUAGAGGAGUUGAAAACGAAGCUGGAAGCGGCGAUCGCAGCGCGGCAGGAGGCGGAGGCGCGCGCCGCGCAUUUAGAGGAGCGGCUCAAGGGCGCCCCCGGCGGCGGCCUGCCGCAAUCUACCGUCGCUGCUAUCGCCAAGGUUAUCGGUAGUCCCGGUGGCCCCCCGCCCCCACCGCCCCCUCCCAUGCCAGGAGGAGGACCGCCGCCGCCGCCUCCUCCACCGUUACCAACAGGGGGUCCAGCGCCUCCGCCUCCACCCCCAAUGCCGUCAGCAGGAGGCGGUCCUCCCCCUCCGCCCCCACCGCCAAUGCCAGGCGGGAUGGGCGGUCCCCCACCACCUCCAAUGCCGGGCAUGGGAGGUCCCCCACCGCCCCCAAUGCCCGGCAUGGGGGGACCUCGACCGCCCCCGCCACCUGGUGGUUUCAUGGCGCCGAGGAUGCCGCAACCAGACGUUCUUCCUCACGGUCUCAAGCCAAAAAAGAAGUGGGAAGUGGAAGGGCCCCUCAAGAGGGCAAAUUGGAAGACGAUUAUUCCGCAGAAGAUGUCGGAAAAGGCGUUCUGGGUCAAGGUUCAAGAAGACAAGUUGGCGUCACCAGACAUUCUCAAUGGACUUGCGCAGAAGUUCUCCAGCAAACCCGUCGCCAAGAAGAACGAGGACUCUGUCGAUAAAGUGCCAACCCUGAAGAAAGUUAAAGAUCUAAAAGUGCUGGAUAGUAAAGCAGCUCAAAGUCUAUCUAUAUUAUUGGGCGGAUCUCUAAAGCAUAUGUCGUAUGAGCACAUCCGUACAUGCAUACUCAGAUGCGAUACAAACGUGUUGACAGCGAACGUACUAGAUCUGUUAAUACAGUAUCUACCAACAGCGGAUCAGCUCAAAAAGUUAGCGGAACUGAAAUGCAAAAGUGAAGAGUUGACGGAAGCGGAACAAUUCGCGGCCACGGUGUCCGAUAUAAAGAGGCUGGUGCCGAGACUGAGGAGUUUGGCCUUCAGGGAACACUAUCAGGAGAUCAUAUCUGAAGUCAAACCGGAUAUAGUAUCGGGUACUGCGGCGUGCGAAGAGGUGAAAUCGAGCGGAAAGUUCGCGAAGAUUCUAGAACUGUUGCUCUUACUGGGCAACUACAUGAACACAGGGUCCAACAACGCGGGUGCAUACGGUUUCGAGAUCAGCUUCUUGACUAAGUUAACAGCAACAAAAGAUCUGGAAAACAAACAAACCCUGCUGCAUUACCUAGUCGAGACGAUUGAGAACAAAUUCCCGGAUGUGCUCACGUUUGCAGACGAAAUGCCACACAUUGACAGGGCAGCGAGGGUAUCCAUGGAGAAUCUCCAGAAGGCGCUGAAGAAAAUGGAGAACGAUAUAAGAGCUCUCGAGACGGAUCUGAACAACUCGAGGGUUCCGCAGUGUCCCGACGAUCUGUUCCAUGAGUCUAUGAGUUCGUUCGCUAAAGAGGCCCGUGAACAAUGCGAUCUGUUACAUUCAAUGUGCCGCAAGAUGGAAGCAUUGUACGGGGAACUGGCUGAAUACUAUGUAUUCGAUCCACAUAAAUACACUCUAGAAGAGUUCUUUUCGGAUAUCAAGACGUUUAAGGACUCGUUCAUGACGGCGCACCACGAGAACGUGGUGGGGCGCGAGACAGAGGAGCGCGCGCGCCGCGCCAAGGAGGCGCGCGAGGUGGCCGAGCGUGAGCGUCGCGACCGGCAGCUGCGCUACAAGCAGUUCGUCGACAUGGAGCGCGCGCAGGACGGCGUCAUGGACAGUUUAAUGGAGGCACUGCAGAGUGGAUCGGCGUUUAGCAGAGAACGACCAAGGAAGAAAGCAAACCCACGGGCGGCCGGAGCUGAAAGGAGGGCGCAACUUAGUCGGUCGAGAUCUCGGUCAGGAUUGACGGGGCCGAUCAUUACGCGAGAAUUAACCAAUGAGCUGCUCAGCAAUGCGUGAUGUUCAAGCUCAUAUCAAGUGAUAUUAGUACUAUGUAUAUUAAUUUAGUUUUAAGUGAAAUAAUAAAAACGAGAAUAUUAAAUUGUGCCUAAGGACUGUUUCAAAUUGGACGAAGCGCUAAAUGUCCAAGACAAUAUUACAUUCAAGAUAAGUUAUCGUAACGUAAAAUCAUUUUAUAAUACCAUUAAUUUAAUAUUUGUUGGCCACUACUAGACAUCGGGUUCUUCCACAUAUUACCACAGAGAACGAUCCUUAACUACUUAGUAAAAGUUGCUUCACCCACUCAUUGUAUAUUAUUGAUACUUAUAGAAUGACCGUAUAAAGUGAAAAUUUAUUCAUGCUCAAAUAGUUUAUAACGGUUUAUAGUUUA